AAUUUAAUUUUAUCAGUACCAAUUUAGCCGCACACCUGUCAACAGCCUCCCGUGCCAUUCACUGUGAUGUCUACCACUAGCGAAAUAAUCAUAAGCAAAGAGGCUGUUGAUGGCUGGCGGAAUUUGGAUUUCUUCCGAGAUGUUGUGUCAAAGGAUUUAAGUCUUCCGGAAGAUGAAUUCUGUUUGAGUAAUCUAGUCGUUACCGAUGCCACCGGUAAACAGUCAGGUUUUAUGUCCUUGCUGCAUCGUGUUAAGCUGGAUGUCGAAUUGAAGGGUGGAAAUCGGGAGCAAAAAUCUUACAUCGUCAAAGAGAAAUCCAACGAUGUUUUCGGCGGAGAUAUGGUGGAUAAGUUCAAUGUUUUUGAAAAAGAGAUUGAAGCGUAUCAGAAGCUGAUUCCGGAAUUUGAAAAGCUUUUCCCACACAAGGUCAAAUUUGGACCUAAAUUUUUCAAAUCGGUUACAUUUCCUUUCACAGUGAUAGUGAUGGAAGAUUUGAACGCAUCUGGAUAUGUUAUGAAGAACUGUAGUAAACGGCUAGACAUCUCGCAAAGUAAGACAGUGUUGUCAAGAAUGGCCAAGUUCCAUGCUGCAUCCGUAGUUUACUUCAAACAAAAUGGACCCUACCCAAAGUCAUUCAAAACUGGUAUGUAUGAUGAGGAUUCCGCGGCAGACUGUGAGGCUUAUAUUGGGAAUCUGUAUAAGUCGCUAGUGGCGAGCUUGAUAGAACGCAAGUGUUCUAAUCAGUUUUUGGAAUUGAUAAAUCAAUGGGGUGCAAAUCCUUACGUUGCAGGAGCUAGGCUGUUUCGCCUGAAUGACAAUGACUUCAAUGUCUUGAACCAUGGUGAUCUUUGGAUGAAUAACGUGAUGUUUAGCGAUAAUGAUCUGCUAAUGAUCGACUUCCAAAUUGCUUUUUACGGUAGUUUUACGUUUGAUUUGCUGGAGUUCAUCUUCUGUACAGUGGAAGUUGACGAUAUAAUCAAUCAGUUCGAUGAUCUGAUCGAAUUUUAUCACCACGAGCUCCGAACAGCGUUUCAAAUGUUGGACAACAGCAACAUGUUGCCAUCGCUGGAGACGUUGCAAGCAGACAUCAAGAGGCACGGAUUUCUCGCAGCACUCCUGAUGAUAGAGGCGAUACCGAUGAUUUCCUAUAUCAAGGUGGGAGAGUUGAGUUUGGAACUAAUGUCUUCUUCAGAGCCAGAAGGUGAAGAGUUUAGGAGAAAACUAUAUCACAACGAAAAAUAUAUCGAAGUUGUGGACCGGUUAUUGCCCUUUCUGUUUGAACGAGGAUAUUUGAAGUGCUCAACAGAUUUCUGAAUAAAUACGUUUCAGCAACAA